AAUAUUGUGAUCAAAAAUAAGUAAACAUUUUUCCUUUAAAAAGAAUCAACAAAGCGAUACGAUUAGGUGCUAUUGGGCAGAAUAUAACAAACGUCAGCAAUCUGUUGAAACUGAAUCGUGCAAACUGCAAAGAUUAAAUUGUUCAACACACACACAAACAAUUUUUGCGAACGCCAUUCCCAGUCAUAUACUGUGUCGAAUGGACAGAAAUCGAAUUGUGUUCGUCAAUAAGCAUAUUCAUUUUUCAAGAGAGUGUGAUUAAGAAGAAUUGAAAGUAGAUUAUGAAAAUUUGUGGAAUUUAAAAGAAAUUUUAGUUUAGCAUAAAAUAAUCAAAAAUCAAUAUAUUAUAACAGUGGAUACUAUUGAUAGUUCGGUAUAAAUAAUAAUUGGGACAUUUCGAUUUUGUGAUCUCUGAAUGGAGACUCUAUUUUAAUAUUUUUGGUGACACGCAGAACAGACACGUUGGAGAAAAACUCAGAGAGAAUCGUUGCUGCCAUCACACAAUCAAAGCACAAGUUAGUUUUAUUCUUUGCGUUCAGUUUAUUGAGAGCGUUAAUAGAACCGGUGAAUUAUUUAGUUCAGUUAAGUUACCGAAGAAGAAAACAACCUCAAAGUUGCACCGCAUUUCUUAUCACUGUAGGCGUCGACCAUCAAAAGGGAAAAAUCAUAACGAAUCAACAAACUUAUUGUGCUCCAUUUGUUUUAUUUAAACGUAUUAAAUUCACAUCAAUUCUUCGUCUCUUUUCAUCGGAUUCUAAUUUUAUCUCGUUCAUUUGCAAUUGAAAUUUGUCAAAAUGGAAUCGAAACAAAUCGGAUUUGUGCCACCAUCGGCACCAUUAUAUCCUCCAACUGUGCCAUCAUAUGAAGAAGCAACGAAAUGUGCCACAACACCGAUGGUUCCAUUGGUGCAACCGCAUGCCCAGUCACCCAUGCCUGUGACGCAACCCACGAUGCCUCAACCGUCUCCUAUGCUUCAGCAGACGAUUAAUAUUGGCGGUGGUGGUGGUGUGACAUGUAAUUCAUGCCAAAAGCCGUUGCACACUCGCGUUGCCUUCAGGUCAACAUGUUGUACUCACUUGGGUUUUUUGCUUUGUUGCAUAAUUGGAUGCAUUCCUUGUGCGCCAUGCGUCUACUGUAUGGACUCUUGCCGUGAACCAGGACUCAAAUGUGUGAACUGUGGCAAACGAGUUUGAUUGGGAAUCAAAUCAACAAUAUUUAAAGCACACAAAUUCGAACCCACGCCUUUUUUCCAUAGAAACCAUAAUUCAAGUCAGACUUCUUGAAAACAAUUACGUAUUGUCUUAAGUCUUAAACUUUGUAUUCGAUUAUUGAAGUUAAAACUCUUUAUUUUUUUUUUUUUCGAAAUAUUUAAUUAAUUUCCGUUCGUUUUUUGUGGAAAUUCGUUUCAAAUUAGUCUUAAAAAUACAUUUAAUGUAAAAUUUAUAGUAUAAAAGUCCAUUAAUAUGACAAGAAAUCAUAAAUAUUUUCCGAAUAAACUGAUUAAAAUCGUAAUCAGUAUACUCUAACUAUAAGAGAAUUUCAGUAUUUUCUAUUGUAGUUUACUUUAUUGGCAAUAUAAAAAAUCAAAAUAAAAUGCGAAAAUAUAAGAAA